AUGUCUAACUACGCCGAAAACCAUUCCAGCGACCUCAAUGUUAUUGAGAGGGUUGCCAUUGUGGGUGCCUCUGGUACAAUCGGGUCUCACAUAGUUUCCGCACUCGUUCAAACCGGAAAUCACAAGAUCACAGCACUUACCCGCAAUUCCAGCACCAACAACAUCCCAGAGGGUGUCACCCCAGCCCAGGUCGACUACAACAACCAAGCCAGCCUCGUAGCCGCUCUGAAGAACCAGCAGUUCCUCAUCAUCACCCUAGCUCCUUCAUCGCCCAAAGAUACCCACAGCAAGCUUGUACGGGCUGCUGCAGAAGCAGGUGUAUCGUACGUCAUGCCCAAUAGCUUCGCCGGUGACAUCGACAAUGUCAAGCUCGGCGAGGAUAUUUUUCUUGGCCCGGUUGCGAAAGCCCAGAGAGAUGAGAUUGAGAGUCUUGGAAUGCAGUGGAUCACUGUGUGCUGUGGUUUCUGGUACGAUUACAGUCUGGCUGGUGGCGAGAGUCGUUUCGGGUUUGAUUUCGACAAGCGCACGCUUACGCUUUAUGACGAUGGCAAUACCAAGAACUCAACAUCGACAUUGACCCAGGUCGGUCGGGCUAUUGCAAAGGUUCUUAGUCUUCCAGUUUCCCCAGCGAAUGACUCAGACAAGAAUCUCACACUUUCGACCUUUGUCAACAAGCCUAUCUACCUCCAGAGCUUUCUCGUCAGCCAGAACGAUAUCUUCGAAAGCGUCAAGCACGUAACAAAUACAUCCGACUCCGAUUGGACUGUUACUCAUGAGCUGACUAGCACGCGCUACGAGGAUGGUCUCGCGCAGGUCAAGGCCGGGAACAUGGCGGGGUUUCCCAAGUUGUUGUUCGCAAGAGCUCUCUUCCCGGAGGAUCCGAGUGUUCACUCUGAAAAGGUGCAGAAUGAGCUUCUGGGUUUGCCAGAGGAGAGCUUGGAUGAGGCUACCAAGGCUGGGGUGGAUAUGGUUAAGGUUCUUGCGAGUCGCCCUGAGCGUAUGGCUUCUUAA